AUGUCUACGAUGUCCAUCUGUGCCGACAACAUUGGCGGACGCGGCCUGCAUCGCUUCAAAGCAGGCCUUCACCUUCCGAGGCACGGCAUCAUUCUUCAGCACUUGCUGCAGAGAGUGGAUGUCAUCUCCUUAAGGGAUCCCCGGCUUGAAGCGGUUGAACGCUCUUUAGAUGUAGCCAUGGCAUUGGGUGGACCUUCGAGUGGUCCUCGUUUUCCUUGGGAGACAAAUCCUUUCCUUCGAGAUGUCUUGGGCCCUCCAGAAGUUCCUUGGCUUAAACCCCCUGCCAUGAUGAGAAGUAUGAAUUAUGUGCCGUCGACUUUGCAGCCUGUUAGAGCAAAGAUGACUGUGCCUGAAAGGAAAGCUCAAGUCAGGCAUACAGUGCAUCAACAUGUCAGUCAAGCAGCUGAUCAAGCACGCAGCUCUUUGCUCUUGAAGUGGGCGGAACUGUUCAUGAUUAUGCCUGAAGACACACUUCCAGGAAAGAUGUUGCUGGAAUGUGCUGAUGAUGAGCUGAAGGUAAUGACAACCCUCAAUGACCUUUUCGUCACAAAGGCGACAUCUACACUCAGGACACGAGUAGGAUCACUGGGCAUGUACUAUGCAUGGCUUCUUCAUACUUAUCCUGAUGAGCCGGUAUAUCCCCUCACUGAGUCGAAGCUCUAUGCAUAUGCCUGUGAAUGUCGCCAGAUGGGCCAGUCUGCUUCAAGAGUGGAUACGCUUUUGGGCACCCUCAAGUAUGUGGGCGAGGCUUUCAAGUUUCCUGGAGCCAUUGACUCUGCAGGCUCCGAGCGUGUGAAAGGGGCCAGCCAUCAAAUGAUUUUGACUAGGCAACCACGUUCCCGGGCUGACAUGCUGGUUCCUACAAUGUUGUGCUGGCUGGAAAUUGCUUGUUUUAGUGUGGCAGACGACUAUGACAGGAUGAUCGCUGGUUUGUGCUUGUUUUGCUGCUAUGGGCGACUUCGCUGCAGUGACGCUAACAGAACCAGACAUGGGACUUUGAUUGGCCGCUUUUUCGAGGGCGCCUUGUCCAGGACAAAGACGGCCAAGAGCAAGGAGAAAGCCACGAGUUUCAUUCCUUUGAUUGUGCCGAGUUUUGGAUUGCUGGGAAAACCCUGGUUUUUGGAGUUUGUCAAGGCUAGGAGCAAUCUGGGCUUGCGUGAUAUUCCUUCCUUGGAGAGCCAAGCGCAUGACCUGGACUUCGUUUUGGUUCCAGAGAAGGGCUCGCUGGGCUAUGAAACGCAGAAUCCCAUAGGCUCAGUUGAGCUUACAGAUCGACUGCUCAGCCUUUUGGGCAGCGGGUUCUCGCAGGAUGACUUGUAUGGCAUUCGAAGCCACUCGCUGAAAGCCACCCUCCUGGCAUGGAUGAACACUUGGGGUUGCGAUCUGACAACGAGCGAGCUUCUUGGCUAUCAUGUCAAUAAGGAGCAUUCAUCUGCGUUGAACUACACUCGGGAUUGCCUGAGUGAACCUAUCAGGCGGCUUGUUGAUAUGAUGAAGCAAGUGCAUGACGGGGUCUAUGUGCCGGGGGCAGCCCGUGACAGCCUUUUUCCUCCGGCCUUGCAACGUAAACCCUUGACGCGGCAGUUUUUGGAAAAGACUGGUUUGGAUGUUUUGGAUGCAGCACGAAUUUUCCAAGAGGAUGCUUGGUUCCCUACGACAGCUGCCAUGCGGGAAGCUGAUGGGCGAUUUGUUGUACUCAAGAGCCAAACCCCGUUCCCGGACGUGGGCCUGGUCGAGUAUCUCAAGCCCACUGAGGAGUUCCCAUUGAGAGGCUUGGCAUCGAGUGAUGACUUGGUCUCAGAUGAUAGUAGCAGCAGUGAUUCAAGUGACAGCACUGCAAAAUCAGAUUGUGAAUUCAGCCAUGCUUAUAUAGAUGCAUACCAUGAAGGUAGUGCUGGUGGUCUUAGGGGUCGUGCCAUUCCAGCUGAGAAGAGUGCGAUGGUGCCACGUGGGAAGUCCACGGAAUCUGCAGCAAGAUUCGAUCAGGUAAACAUGUUGGACUCAUCAGCUGUGUUUGAGUCCAGAGCUGAACAGAUCGGUGUGCUGCCCGAUGAGCUUCGGCACAUCAAGGAAGCCAAUGUGAACACCUUUGGCAAAUUUGCAUUCGCAGCAAAUUACACACCGGGACAAGCUGAUGAGCAGCCACUCAUGUUGCUGAUCAGCCGUGUUUGUGAUGCUGAUCCUCCUCCAUCUGAGAGAGUCCCUUUAGUGAGGAGGCUAUUCUAUGAAAGUUACACUCUGGCCAAUGCUGAUCUGAGGUCUCGCAUCGAACAGCGAGAGGGUGAUCCGCCAAGAUGCCUUGCGCAAGCUGAGAGGGCCUCUCGUUAUGCAGACCAGGUGGCUAGGCUGUCAGGCUUAGACCUGACGGGUGAGCUCGAACCCUCACAUGGGCUCAUUGAUGUAGUGUUUCAGAUGGUGGAGGAGAAUCAGAUGAGAUACAUACGGUGGGAGCAGUGCACCAAAAGAGAUCAAGAGCUGAUGGGUAUCAAGGUUGACCCUACAUGGAAGCCUGACUCCCAAGGCAUCAUUCGCCAGGUCAAAGUGGAGUCAGAGAUCAAGGCGGACACUUCGUCUGACUUGAGACUCCGCUAUGCACUUCAGCGCCGUAGUUUAGCCAUUGAUCAAAGUCGCCUCUGCAACUACGACAAGUUGGAGAAAUGGAGCAACAUUCUCCUGGAGGCUUACUCCAAGACGCCGAUUGCAGGGUACCAGAAGGUGAGCAUUGAGCAGAUCCAGCAAGCAGAUUUGGAACUCUGGAAGCUGGUCAUCAAACAGACUCGUGCUGGUAUCCGUCCGGUGGGGGGCAAGAUGCCCGUUGAGGAGGCUGUUGAAUCAAUCAUCAAUUUGCCGGAGGUACGCCUUCACCUCCAGCCACUUCCUGCGGGCACCAAGCGCAAGCUCGAGAUGGAUGAUGAUACAAAGCCAUCUCAACCCAAAAGCAAGUCCUCCUCGGCUGACACUGAGCGCCUCAAGAAGACCAUUGAGAAUCUGCAGGGUCAAGUGCGUAACAUGCAGAAGGGCAGAGGCAAGGGAAAGAGCUCAGGGCGCAAAGGCAACCAAAGUUCCCGGUCGAUGAUUCGUAUGCCUGUGGAGCCCAUUGGGCAGAAUGCCAUGACCAAGGACAAUGAGCCCAUUUGCUUCAGCUUCAACUUGAGAGGCUGCAAGAACGCCUCAGCUGGAGGCAAAUGUGAGAAAGGCGUGGUGCUAUUUUUGCACUGCGCACCUCCAUGUGGCACGGCAAGCCGUGCAAGAGAACGCAAGCUAUCCUGGAGGCUGAGAGCAGCAGGUGUUCAUGAGCCGAAGCCUUUGCGGAGUGGGCUGCAUCCUGAAGGUUUGCCACAUCUUCGAAGCACAGAUUUGAAGCGUGUACAAACUGCAAAUGCCAUUUACAGGAACAUUUGCAUUCUGCUGCGAGCUGCUCACGAGGACCUCUGCCUCCACGAAGUUAAAUUUCAACAAUGCAUGCAUGGAGGCCGUCGUGACAAGUGGACUUCAUUGUACGUUAAUCAUGCCUACUUUGACCACAUGGCGGUGGAAUGCGACCAACAGCAUGAUCACCUUCCUUGGGGCGUAGCAAUCUCAUCCAAAGGCCACAGAUUCAACACUGCUGAAGAAGCCGAGUAUCCUCAGCUUAUGUGUUCAAGAAUUUCAGAAGCAAUUCACAAAGCUGCUCAGGCUUUGGGGGCACAAAAUGUUUCUGCCGUCUCCAGCAAGCGCCGCAAAGCCAUUCCUUUAGCCAUGGCUCAGGCAGGCAAACAACCACGUGGAAACCGUUUCCCCGAAGUCUUGCCAGAGUUUCGUGAAGUCUGUGAGCUUUCUUUCACUUUGCCUCGCACGAAACCAGUGCCCCGCAAACUCCAAAGUCAUGAAUGCGACCUGCUGGGAGUGCAAGGUGGAGCCAAAUUGCUCACAUGUGUUCAAGCGGGGUCGGUAUCGGAUGUGAGCAAAAAUGCCGAUGAAACCCCUAGAUCCUGCAAGGUGGGCAUCUAUCGAACCCCAGAUGAAUUUGUAGAAGCAGCCCUCCGUCUUUCGCAUCCUUUUGAUGGUAGCAGCUACGUUGAUGAUGCAGUCAAGAGGAACAUUUUCGAGCUGUACACCUUGGGGGCAAAAGGGGUGAAAGACAAAAGACUCCAAGCUUUUGCCUACUAUAAGAGAAGACAGCUGGAACUCCAGAGUCGGGAAAAUGCCCUGCAUGCUAUGUUGGAACCGGCUCGAGCAAACAUCGUGAAGGACAAGCGUUUCCUCCUUUUCUCUGAAAUGGCGAAAGAUGCUGGUGUAGUGGAUGAUUCACUUCUUGAAGAUUUGCUGGCUGGUUUUAGCCUAAUUGGCCAGUCAGGCUGCAGCAGCCUUUUCCUUGAAGAAGACACUCUGCCAGCUAUGUCCAGGGAGCAGCUUAUGAAGUCCUCUCGCUGGAGUCGCAAAAUGGUGGCAGCCAAAGGCAUGGAUAGCCAUGCUGAGGGCCUGAAUGUGGUUGAAGAAACCUGGGCCACUACCAUGGAUGAAGUUCAGCGCGGAUGGCUCCAAGGCCCUUUCAGUCAGGAUGAGAUCAGGCAGCGCUUGGGGCCGUUGUUUGUAGCCUCUCCCCGUUUCGGAUUGAUGCAGGGGGAGAAGUGCAGGCCGAUAGACGACAUGUCCAUUAGCCUUGUCAAUGCUGCUUUUGCUGCGGCCUACAAACUAGAUCUGGAUGGAGUUGAUGGAAUAUCCGUGAUGGCCCGCACCAUGAUCGAAGCCGUUGCUGAUGAUGGCACUGUUGAGCUAGAGCUGAGUGACGGGUCAGUGAUGAAAGGGUACUUGCACCCUUCCUUUUCCGUGGCCAGUGCCAGACAGCUUGCAGGCCGUACGCUUGAUCUUGAGGCUGCCUAUAAGCAGCUCCUGGUUCGUGAGUCGUCUUUAUGGUGCAGUGCUUUGCAAGUUCGCAGGCCCAGUGGCUCCAAUGCAUACUUCAUUUCCCAAGUUUUGCCAUUUGGUGCCUCUGCCUCGGUUUAUGCCUUUAACCGAGUGAGCCGAGCCUUGCAUUGCGUCGGUACACGACUCUUUUCUCUGGUAUGGUCUAACUACUACGAUGAUUUUCCCCAACUGGAUGUAGCUAUGGCUGGUGAGGAUGCCACAACCACUGCUGAAGGCCUGAUGGACCUUCUAGGGUGGCGUUACUCCAAGAAGGAGAACAAGAGGCUUCCGAUGUCCCUAAGUUUUUCUGCUUUGGGCGUGGUCUUUGACUUCCAAGCUGCUCAAGAAGGGAAAGUGAUCGUCAGAAACAAAGAGUCCAGAGCGGAACAGAUCUACGAGGAGAUCACCAAAAUUUUGCAGCUGGGCACCUUCACCAGCGCUCAAGCUGCCAGUUUGCGGGCCCUUCUCAACCCUGGGAUAGUGUCGGAACUGGAAUGGGCUAAGGCCUUUGUGCUCGGGGCUCAUCCUCGAGUGCUGUGUGCUCAUUCUAGUGAAAACAAAGUGGUGAUGUUUACUGAUGCUUUCUUGGCCGAGGACGACACUUUGGCAGGCAUAGGCAUGGUUGCAUAUGCGGUGAGACAGGGACGUGUAGCCAAGAAGUUUUACAUGUCCGAGCGCGUGCCACCAGAUGUUCUCAAGGAGAUGCAGAGUGUCACCAGUAAGGUCAUAGCUGCUCUGGAACUUUAUGCCGCAGUUGCGAGUGUCGAAUUGCUGGCAGAAGAGCUCAGAGGGCGACGUGCUUUUAUCUUUGUAGACAAUGAGGCUGCACGAGCCAACCUGAUCUCCAUGUCAAGUGGUGUGGAAGUUCAUGCAAAGUUCUUCGCGGUCAAACAAAUUCGAAGCGUCACCAUACCGCCAGAGACGAGGUGUUGCGCUUCGUAUGUCUCCGACCGCUCUUCUGGUGCAUUCUCUUCAGGCAAUAGCCAAGGACUGAAGGCCAUGUCUGCAGCAGUUUGUGCAAUUUGUCACAUCCGCAUCAUUGGUGAGCUGUUUUCUUUGUGCCCUGUUUCCGCCACGCGACAAGCAUGUGAAGAUUGCGAGGCUUCGUCUCUUGCCCAACUUCAAGUCAAGCGGGCAGGGAUUCCCAAGGUUUGCGAGUACCAGGGCCACGUCUUUACGUGUUGUCACGACUCCACCUUUACGGGAUUGACCCACAUGAGUUGUGACAGCAACAGUGACGAUUUCGUAUGCACGGACAGUUCACUGGCAUUCUUCUCCACUGAGUUCAAGGUGCCUCUCACCCUUUAUUGCGGCCCUAAUGGCUGCGGGGGGGUGUCUGUGACUGCCAGCAAUAACUUGCGCCUUACCGUUACCAUCAACAAUCAGGGCAGUGCGCCGAAGAGCAUCAAGAUGUCAGAAGGCUGUUUGGUGCUGAAGUGCUACGAGGAGGACUGCCGCCUCAACCACCAAAUCCUCGAUCGGAUUGACUUGCAGCUGGGAAGCAAGGCGAGCUGCAUGGCAGUGAACUAUGGGGACAAACUGCCCGCGGCUUGUCAAGACAAGAAGGCCCUCUCUUGUGGGACAGACCUCGCGGCAUGA